AUGGUCUUCCUCCCGUUUCAUGCAGGCUCCUGGGAAAGCUGGUGCUGCUGCUUUCUGAUUCCAGCCCAUAGACCUCGGGACCGGGACGGGCUCUGGCGGCUGGAGAUGGCAGACACUAGAUCCGUGCACGAAACCAGGUUUGAGGCGGCGGUGAAGGUGAUCCAGAGCUUGCCAAAAAAUGGUUCAUUCCAGCCAACAAAUGAAAUGAUGCUCAAGUUCUAUAGCUUCUAUAAGCAGGCAACUGAAGGCCCCUGUAAACUUUCAAGACCUGGAUUUUGGGAUCCUAUUGGAAGAUAUAAAUGGGAUGCUUGGAGUUCAUUGGGUGAUAUGACCAAAGAGGAAGCUAUGAUUGCAUAUGUUGAAGAAAUGAAAAAGAUUCUUGAAACAAUGCCAAUGACUGAGAAAGUUGAAGAAUUGCUACAUGUCAUAGGUCCAUUUUAUGAAAUUGUAGAGGACAAAAAAAGUGGCAGAAGUUCUGAUUUAACUUCAGAUCUUGGUAAUGUUCUAACUUCUCCUCCAAAUGCCAAAACUGUUAAUGGUAAAGCUGAAAGCAGUGAUAGUGGAGCUGAGUCUGAGGACGAAGAGGCCCAAGAAGAAGUGAAAGGAGCAGAACAAAGUGAUAAUGAUAAGAAAAUGACAAAGAAGUCCACAGAGCAUAAGAAUUUGGAAAUCAUUGUUGCUAAUGGCUACGAUAAAGACAGCUUUGUUCAGGAUGUACAGAAUGAUAUCCAUGCUAGUUCUUCUCUGAGUGGCAGAAGCACUGAAGAAAUAAAAACUGUAGAUCAAAACUUGGAGCAAACUGGAAAACCUGCUAUCUGCAUUCACCAAGAUAUAAAUGAUGAUCAUGUUGAAGAUGUUUCAGGAAUUCAGCAUUUGACAAGUGAUUCAGACAGUGAAGUUUACUGUGAUUCCAUGGAACAACUUGGCCAGGAAGAGUCUUUAGAUAGCUUUACAUCAAACAAUGGACCAUAUCGAUAUUACUUGGGUGGUGAUCCCAAUAAGCCCUUGGAAAAUUCUGGUUUUCCUGAAGAUGUUCAAAUUUCUCCUGGAAAUGGCAAUAUUGGGGAGAUGCAGGUGGCAGCAGUUGAAGGAAAAGGUGAAGUAAAGCAUGGAGGAGAAGAUGGAAGAGGUAACAGUGGUGCGCCACACCCUGAGAAACGGGGUGGAGAAAAUGAGGAAUUCUCUAAUGUCAGAAGAGGGAGAGGACAUAGGAUGCAACAUUUGAGCGAAGGAACCAAGGGUCGGCAAAUGGGAAGUGGAGGUGAUGGAGAACGCUGGGGUUCAGAUAGAGGAACAAGAGGGAGCCUCAAUGAGCAGAUUGCUCUUGUGCUCAUGCGGCUGCAGGAGGACAUGCAGAAUGUCCUUCAGAGACUUCAUAAACUGGAAACACUAACAGCUUCACAGGCAAAAUCAUCAACAUUACAGACUAGUAAUCUGUCUCCCUCACAGAGAUCAUCGUGGUGGCCCUUCGAGAUGUCUCCUGGUGCAUUAACCUUUGCUAUCAUAUGGCCUUUUAUUGCCCAGUGGUUGGUGCAUUUAUAUUAUCAAAGAAGGAGAAGAAAACUGAACUGA